CAUGACGGUCUUUUCGCGUUCUCUGUGACGCUUGGUUGGGCGUGUUGCCUAGGAGACAGACGGGCGAGUGGGCGGGGCGUGCAGGCGGUGGGCAAGGCGAUGGUCCUUCCGGCAGCUUGGCGCGUUUCCGUGGAGACAGGCGGGCACGCUCUGCUGCUGCCCACCCAGCUUUUCGGAGACGUGUGGGAACUGCGCGAGUCCUUCGAGGUACAGAAUCAGUCGCGGGGUCCCUCUAAGCUCAGAACUGCCCAUUGUUCCGCGAGGAGAAGCCGUUGCUACCGAGAUCCGGAAUCAUGAAGGGCCCUCUCUUUCUUGGAGAGGGUCGCCCGCGGCUCCACCCUGCAGUUGCGUUCUGAAAGAUUUCCGGGGUACUGAGGGAAGGAGGGUUCAGUGGGCACAGCCUAGCAGAAAGAUGCAAGCGUAACACAUCACGAACUGUUGGCCUUCUCCUUGAUGACUUCACCGUGGAGUGCCUUCCCGGUUCAGUUCCCUCAGCCCUCCAUCAGCGGCCUCUCCCAGAUCACCAAGAGCCUGUUUAUCAGCAAUGGCGUGGCUGCCAACAACAAGUUCCUACUGUCCAGCAAUCAGAUCACCACGGUCAUCAACGUCUCCGUAGAGGUAACGAACACCUUCUAUGAGGAUAUCCAGUACGUGCAGGUGCCUGUGGUCGAUGCGCCCAUCGCUCGCCUCUCUGAUUUCUUCGACCCCAUUGCCGACCACAUCCAUUCGGUGGAGCUGAAGCAGGGCCGCACCCUGCUGCACUGUGCUGCUGGCGUGAGCCGCUCAGCCGCCCUGUGCCUCGCCUACCUCAUGAAGUACCAUGCCAUGUCCCUUCUAGAUGCCCACACUUGGACCAAGUCUCGCAGGCCCAUCAUCCGGCCCAACAGUGGCUUUUGGGAACAGCUCAUCCACUAUGAGUUCCAGUUGUUUGGCAAGAAUACAAUGCAAAUGGUUAACUCUCCGAUGGGACUGAUCCCAGACAUCUACGAGAAGGAGACCCGUCUGAUGAUUCCACUGAGCACACCAGAUGGUGCUUUUCAUAAGGGCAAGAAAAAAGUGUUGCUAUAACAUUUAACCUCGUAAUCCAGCCAGGUUUGGUGGUACAUGCCUGUAACCUCAGCUUGCUAAAGCGGGAAGAUUACAAGGUGAGUUGAGACCGGCCUGGGCUACAUAGGAGACCCUGUUCCAAAAAAACAAAAUCAACAACAAAAUCCCCCUACAAUUACUAUCUUGUCAUCUGUGUUUUUAGAGAUUAAAUUCAUUUCUUAUAAUAUAGUAAAGGUAACUUUUCUGUGAGUGGUAGGCUACUGGGGGUGAGGUGGAGCGGGCAGGUGGUACCAGGCCAUAGAAACCGAUGCCCAGUGCGUAUGGCAAGCAAGCCUGGGUUCCUACAGCCCCUCCCGAGAUGACCAACCCAGAGAUGAAUCUGCCAGAAUCCCACCUUUCAUUCAGAGGCAGAGCCUUAAGCACCCAGGUAUUCUCCUUUCCCUCACAGUAAGGGCCAGCCUACUAGAUUAGGGGCCUUCACGCAGCGUUCCAGAGGCUGUUCCUUCUACCUUUACCACAGCGGCCCAAUUCUGGUUUUCUAGAUCAGAUUCACACGGUGCUUGGAUAACAGUGGUGCCCAGAUCAGCAAUCCUACCUGUAUACAGGCCUUAGUUUAUACAUGUUCUCAGAAGUCUCUGAGGGAGAGAGAAGAAAUGGCUUGACCUCUGCUAGGCCUCCUCCGAGAAGCCUUUCCCAGAGCUCUCACUUUGCAGCCUAGGAGUCCUGACACAAGGCCUCUUGCAGAAUUGCAGACCAUGAGAUCCAGGGCCCCAGGCUGGCUGGCUGUUGAGCUAUGAGGGCAGAGGUCAGAACAAGUGAGUUGUCUCUAGCAGGCCCUGAAAUUCAGGGCCGCUCAGAAGCCCUUGGUGUCAGGGUCUGAUUCAAGAAGGCUUGGUUUGGUUUGGCUUAAGCCCUGGUCCUAGGUAGCCCAGACUGUAGCCUUGAGCACCUGUUGCCUGUGCUUUAGGAAUGCUGGGCUCACAGGUAUGCGCCACCUUGCCCAGCCAAGACCUAGUGCAACAGUGUGCGUUCUGUGGUAUAACACUCACCAAAAGCAGCUUGGGGAAGGAAAGGGUUUGUUUGACUUACAUGUUACAUUCUGUCAUGAAGAAACGUAGCUUGCUCAGUGCCACCUGCCCAGAUAGCACAACCACAGUGCACUAGACCCUCUCACAUCAAGUAGCCCACCUCAGAGGAGGGUCGCUGUCCCAGUUCACUCCAGUGUGUUACACCGACAAACACUAGUCUAGAGCUUUUCAGAGGCAAACAGCCGACUGCCCUGUUAGGGCUGCUGCCGUUCUACGCACCCCAAGAGCUGUGGCACAACAGACCUUCCCUCAUGUACGAGUCGGUUCUCUGCAGCACAGAACUGGUAGGGUGAAAAUAAAUGAGAACAAUUUAUUAAUUUAA